GCACAGAGUCACGGUGGGUUCAACACAGAAGCAGCGAUGACACCGAGACAUCAAGGCCUGAUGUUGGGCAGCGUCCUGCUCUUCUCUCUGUGUCUCGGGGCAGCAGCCACGCUUGACAGCAAGCUGGACUUCCAGUGGGAUCUGUGGAAGAAGACUCACGAGAAGACGUACCAAAAUGAGGCUGAGGAAGUGAGCCGCAGGGAAUUGUGGGAGGAGAAUCUGAUGCUCAUCACCAAACACAACCUGGAGGCUUCGAUGGGACUUCACACGUAUGAAAUGACCAUGAACCACAUGGGAGACCUGAGUUCGUGGAGGGAAAUAGCAGAUGAAUUGGGCAGCUCGGCAGACAGGCAGACACCAGAGGAGAUGCUGCAGUCUUACGCCACAGACAUUCCUCCCACUGACAUCAAGAGGGCACCAUCUCCCUUCUCUGGGACAUCAAGCCCUCCUGUACCAAACACCAUCGACUGGAGAAAGAAGGGCUACGUCACCAAAGUCAAGAGUCAGGGUGCCUGCGGUUCCUGCUGGGCUUUCAGUGCCGUUGGAGCUUUGGAGGGCCAGUUAUUCAAGAAGACGGGGAAGCUGGUGGACCUGAGCCCCCAGAACCUGGUGGACUGUUCAUCUACAUCUAGAUAUGGAAACCAUGGCUGCAAAGGUGGCUACAUACACAAAGCCUUCCAGUAUGUCAUCGACAACCAGGGCAUCGACUCUGACGCUUCAUACCCCUACAUAGGAAAGGUAUCAACAUGCCGCUACGACUCCCGCUACCGUGCUGCAAACUGCUCCCGGUACUAUUUCCUGCCUAAGGGGGACGAGCAGGUUCUGAAGCAGGCGCUCGCCACCAUCGGACCCAUUUCAGUGUCAGUGGACUCCUCGCGAGACGGAUUUAAAUUCUACAAGAGGGGAGUGUACGACGACCCGUCCUGCACCAAGAAAACGAACCACGCUAUGUUAGCUGUGGGCUACGGCACUCUGAACGGACAAGACUACUGGCUGGUAAAGAACAGCUGGGGAAGAAAGUGGGGAGACCAGGGCUACAUCUGGAUGGCACGCAACAAAGACAACCAGUGUGGCAUCGCUCUGUACCCCUGCUACCCCACCAUGUAGCUGCAUUGACUCCGCUCUGCUUUUCUUUAUCAGCAAUAUCUUUUAAAGCUUUUAUUCACACUGAUUUCAUUAAUAUUUUUCUUUUUUCUUACUUUUGCUGCUUUUUAUGUACCAAAGACAAACAUGUCAUUAAAUGCUACAGUUCAUCAUC